CCGCCCUCCCUCCCACGGAGCACUCUGCUUGCAUCCGGCAGCUCCAGCCAUGGCAGCGGGUGGGUGCCGCUGGCGCAGCUGCCUGGAGGUGGUCGCGUCCCGCCAGGGGCAGCGGGUGCAGCACUUCCAGCAAGCCGAGGAUGUCCUGCUGACCUUGCUGGAGCACGUCCACACCAAAGAGCCCCGCUUCCUGGUGGACUACUCCAGGAAUCUGGAAGCCUUUGAGUUCGUGCUCUGCGCCUCCGAGGAUGCCGUCGUCGUGGAGGUGCCACUGCGCAUUGAUGGUGAUGCUCUGCGGGUGCGGCCAUGCCAGCCCAUGGACACCGGGAGUGUAGGACAUGGGCACCCGGGUGCCUGCAGCCUUGAGGUGCCCUCUGCAGUGACUGGUGUGGGGGAUUGGACCAGCUUGGGCAGUGCGGGUGCGAUGGAGCAGGUAUGGUGCCUGGCACCGGGCAAAGUCCUGCAGCGCCUGAAAGAGCUCCUUGUGUCGGCCAUCGUGCAGUGUCAGCGCCACUCCCUCCUGCAGCCAGGUGACCUCAGCGCCGAAAAUCUGAAAGAAGAUGCCAUGGAGCUGUCCCUGCUGGUGCGUGGUGGCUGGAGGACCAUUCGCUUCGACGUGGUCCCAGUGGUCAGGAGGUGGCAGGAGCCCCCGGGGCUGGAUGGGAGGCAGCGUGACCGCGGCUUCCCUGAGGGCACCCUCCAGAAGGCCACCAGAGAGGCUCACUUUGUGCCAGCUUCAAACCAUUUCUGGAGGCCCUCUGCCCACCUCCCCAUCCUGAAGCUGCUCUGGGCUGUGGACACGCUGCAGGGACCCCGGCUGGACAGCCUGCGCCUGCUGGAGCAGCUCCGCAGCCAGGACUGGAGGGAGGAGGACGGGAGGGACAGCCUCACCUUCAACCACCUGAAGAUGGUGCUGCUGUGGAGCACGGAGCUGUUCCCCUCUCCUGAGGACUGGCAGGACCUGGAGGGCUCUGUCUACAGGCUGCUGGUGGUCCUCCUGCGCUGCCUGGCCACCCAGCGCCUGCCCCACUUCCUGCACCCGGAGCAGAACCUCUUCCAGGGGGAUCCGCACCGCCUGGCCUCGCUCUACCCCAAGGUGGAGGCCUUUGCAUGGGACCCAGCACGCUUCCUCCGCUUCCACUUCGGCCUCCCGAUGCGUGCCGAUGGUGUGCAGGCAGACCCAGCCCUCCGAGCCCUCCUGCAGCUCCCUGUCAAGGACGGGGCGUACUGGGACACAGCCUAUUUUGACAUCCUGCUCAGCCAGCUGCAGGUGUACCAGAUCCAGGACAGCGCACGCCGCUCGGCCACGUCCCAGCUUCUCACCAAGCUCCGUAGAGACAUCCCAUUGCGGAGCUGAGCGGGACUCGCUGCCAGCCCUGUGCUCGCUGCAGGGUGAGGGGAACCCAGGCUGUGGGGAGCCUCGGGCUUUGUUGGGAAGGGAAGAAAACUUUCUGCUGCAAAGAUUGGCAGGAGCCGGCCCAGUUCUGCCUCUCUCCCUGUGCUGGGACUUUGCAGCGCUUCCCGCAGCUGCACCUUUCUUCUUGGAUCUCGGCGAGUCCAGGCAAGCCACAGGGCUGGGAAGCAGCACGGAGCCACGUGGCUUUAUUCAGAAAAGGCUGUACUGGGGAGCAGCACACUGCAGCAGAUGGGUGGUGGUGAUGGUGAUGGAAAGGACAGGAGGGGAGGGGGCCUGCAGCUGGAUCCUGCCCCCAUCCCCUGCGCUCGUGGGGCUGCCAAGGUGGGAUGGGGAUCAGGGCACUGGGGAGAGGAGGAAGGCUGUUGGCUGUGUCUGCCUAGUGAUGCGCUGCUCCCGGUGGGCAGAAGAUCCCACUCACAGCCUGCUGUGCUGACAGUGCUGCAGGGCGUCGCGCAGGGCCCGCAGCAGGUGGUCCACAUUGUCCUGGGUCGCGUUGUGGCCCAUGAGGCCGAUCCGCAGCACCUGCAGGAGAAGGGCGGGUUUCCCCUGCAGCACCCACCUUCGGGCCUCGCACGGGGCUGACAUGGAGCAGUAUGUGCACAGGUGUGCACGUCCCAGUCUGUUGCUAUUUAACCGUCAUUUCCUCUCUGUCACGAUAAAGAUAUGUUACCCUUCUAAUUAA